GAAAAAGACCUCAAACUGCCCCAAAAUCAGCUGUGAGGCAUAGUGCAGGUGAAAACAACUGAGCGGAAGAAAGUGAUGGGUGUUCUGGAUAUAUAUGGCUUUGAGAUUUUUCAGGAUAACAGUUUUGAACAGUUCAUUAUCAAUUACUGUAAUGAGAAGCUGCAGCAGAUCUUCAUCCUGCUCACCUUAAAGGAGGAACAAGAAGAAUACAUUCGUGAGGGCAUUACUUGGACCCACGUGGAUUAUUUUGAUAACAGCAUCAUCUGUAACUUGAUUGAAGACAAUAAAAGUGGAAUUCUAGCUAUGUUGGAUGAAGAGUGCCUUCGCCCUGGAGAAGUGAAUGAAGAAACAUUCCUGAACAAACUUAACCAGGUCUUUUUGAAACAUCAGCGCUAUGAGAGCAGAGUUACCCAGAAUGCCAAGCACAUCAUGGAUACCAGCUUGCCUGUCAACUGCUUUCGAAUAGAACACUAUGCUGGAAAGGUAAGUUGUGUUGGGAGUCCUUCUCAGUUCUUGGAAGCAAGGAAGGAAGAGCAAAGGAAGACCACUGAAUCUGGGGAUGCAGGGCAGAUGAGCCUAGUUUUCUAAACAUGGUGAUCUUGGAUCUCUUUGGAGAUGUUCUCAAUGAUAUGAUCCAUAGCACUGUAAAACUAAUUAAACGAGUUCAGUCAGGGAAGUUAAAUGAAUAUUUUGUGUCAGGACUGAAAUGCAAGCCAGGUAGGAAUCUUUUAAGGAUA